GAUGGCCUCUGGAGAAAGCAGUCCUCUGGAUUCCUCUCUGGAUGGAUCAUAGGAAAUUUGGAAAACUACCUACGAGAUGUUGUUGCAGAUGAUGGCCUCUGGAAAAAGCACUCCUCUGGAUUCUUCUCUGGAUGCAUCAUGGAAAAAAUGGAAAACUACUUACAAGAAGGAUUACAAGACCCCGGCUGAGGAGGCUUCACGGAGGGCUAUCUGGGAGGAGAACUUGAAGAUUAUUGAGCGCCAUAAUCAAGAGUAUAAAAAGGGCCUACAAACAUGUGAACUAGGCAUGAAUCAAUUUGGAGACAUGGCACCAAACGAAGUUGGUCGUGGUGGGCUUCUAGAAUCCUGUGGACAGUGAUCCCAUAAAUACCUACUCUUUUGACUCAUUAAAUAACCUACUUUACCGCAAGCUUGGUAAUGUUACCACACUAUAAAAAAAAAUCAUACAAAUUUUAUAAAAAAUCUGGCAGCAAAGUUGCCGAAACAAUAGUUACAGUUAAAUCACAAGAAAAUAUCAAAUGUUUUUCUACAGUACAUUUCCAUAAGAAGUUACUUUUUUUAAUAUUCUUACUGUAAUUUUACAGCUCAUCUCUGGUAAAAUUACAGAUUUUCACAAUUUUAAUGCAUAUUCUACCUAUAACAUAUUCUAUUUUAAUCUAUAAUCUCAUAUCUCUUGACUGUAAA